AUGAAUCCCACUAAUAAUAUUUGCAAUUGUUAUAAAUGUAUUUGUUGUAAUGUCUCAAUUAAUGUUAAGUCAGUUUGUGAACAAACUGAUCUUGCUCUGAAUUCUGUUCCUUUAAAUUGGAUUAAUCCCAUUUAUACUACUACAGGUAUUAUUCAAAUCAGAUAUCAACAACUUACAAAUAUAUCUACAACCUCUACAUUAAAACCAUUUUCAUUAAUACAUUGUAACCUUUGUAAUACUGAUGUAUGUUGUUAUAUUCCAAGACCAUCUUGUUUGACUGAAACGUAUGUCAUAAUUAAUCCAAUAUUAAGAAUUAUUAAAGAUUUACGAGAAGAUAUGGUUUAUUCAAAGGCUUAUGAUUUGUAUAUUAAUAACUCUGAAAUUCAAGACACUAGUUCUUGGUGUUGUAAUGAUCCUAUAGAAAGAAUGCUUUAUCAAAAAAGUCAAGACUAUAUUGAUGCUUUGUUUGAAGAAAAAGAAAGAAAAGUUAGGGAAUUUGUUUUGAAACAAGAAGAAAUUUUUGAAGAACAAAGAAGAGAAGCAAAAAAUCAAUAUCUAAUGCUAAAGAAACAAUGUUCUGAACGUCAUAUUAUAAGUUCAUCUUCAGCCUUUAGUUCUUCAAUUUCUACUAAAACCCAAAAUGAUUCAGAAUUAAAACAAAACCACCUUCCUUUUUAUUUACUUAAAAAUCGUCAUUCUAAAGACAGUAUUUUCCUUUUUGAUGAAGAGUCAGAAAGUGGUGUUGAACCAAGUUCUUAUGAAGAAAAAGCUUCUUUAGACAACAGAGUGUUUAGUCGUACAUUCCCUUCUCCUUUUGAUGACAAUGACGAUAUUCCUAUUUUUGCUAAAAAGCAAGAAAAAAAAUUAUUCCCAACUACUUUCAAAGAAUUUACACUAGAAAAAGUUCAACAAGAGUCAUAUGAAAAACCUUCAUUUACUUCUACUACUUUAAUUAAACAAGGUCUGAUAUAG